CUCUUCCGCCCUUGUAAAAUGCCAAAAUUACUGAGAUCAGAGAUUUCAGACACAACAAAAUAGAUAUUUGUUUUUUGUUUAAUUCAACUUGUGGCGUUCAUUCCACAGAUUAACUUCAAAUUUUGCUUAUUAAUUCCUCAGAAAGAGUAGAUAGCAAUCAUGGCUUUUGCAUGGAUUUUCUCCACGACGUUCACCAUUUUAUCCUCCUCGAGAUCAACAUCAUCAAUUCCCGAUUGUUGUCCAUGGAAAUUGUCCAAAUUCCAGUUCCGUCAAUCGAGCCGAGUUGUGAAUUGUAGCUGUAAGAGUAGAUUAUCGGCAGCAGAUGAGCUGAAAUACGUGCUUCAUGAUGCCCUUGAUUUAUCUGGGAUCAAUACUGCUCAUGCGAGGGCUGCAAGGCGUGGUUUCUGCUUACAGAUUGAAAAACUAUCUGACAUUGAGAGAGAAACUAGCAUAAGUAUAAAUAGAAAGGUUGACCUGGGGAGAGCAGCUCUUCAUAUAGCAGCUGAGGAUGACUCCCUUGUUUCACACUCUUCUGUUCCGCUACCGGUAGAUGAUUUUAUUGAAAGACUGGAUAGCCUCUCGAUGGACUAUUGCUCUCAUUACAGCUCGUCAUGUAGAUCCUCACCAGAGAAAUUUCUUGAGUGUUUAGAGAGAUAUCUGUAUGUUGAUAAAGGCUUUCGGAGGGCAAAUGCCAGAAACCAAGUAGAGCAGCGUGCCCUGUAUCUCAACUCAGUCUUGACGCAUCGUUCAGGUUCUGUUUCUAUGCUUUCCCUUAUUUACUCAGAGAUUCUAAAGAUGCUUCGUAUGUGGGACGUCCUAGAUUUUGAUGUGGAGAUCUUCUUCCCUCAUGAUUCAUAUAGUUCUCCUAGAGGGUAUCAAAAACAAAAGAGCAAGGAAUCUGAUCAACCACAUAUAAUGACAUCACAAUCUUUAUUGGUAGAGAUUUUGACAGAUUUAAAGUUUGCUUUCUGGCCAUUCCAACUUGAUCAUGCUAGAAGUCCAUUUCUAACAGCAGCAAAAGCUGCUCAGGGUUUCACGGAUUCCAACAGCACUAAAGAAAGUGCCUUUGAGCUUGCAUCUGCCAAGGCUGCUCGGCAUAGACUGCAACGAGGUGUUUGGACUAGUGUUCGUUUUGGGGAUAUCCGGCGUGCAUUAUCAGCAUGCGAACGCCUUAUCUUACUCAAAACUGAUCCAAAGGAACUAAGAGACUAUGCUGUUCUCCUGUACCAUUGUGGAUUUUAUGAGGAAUCACUGCAGUAUCUUAAGCUUUACCAGGACACAAAGCAACCUGAUUCAACUAACGACUUGGAAGAAGAUGCCGUAGAGAAACUAAUAAUUCGCCUGAACCUCAUUAUGAUGGAGGAGGGUUGGUCCAGGCAGCCAAACAACAAAGGUAUCCUUUUCAACAAUUCUGAACCAUGGUAAUUUUGGCGCCUAAGUCAGUCUUAUAUGGUAUCAAUUUUGAACCUUACCUGAGGAAAAAUGUUGUAAAGAAGUGUAAGUAGUUAUGCAACUGAUUAUGUGGAGACUCUGGAUGUAAAUAAUAGACUUGACUUGUACAAAUGACAAGAAUACCAAGCGCUUUAGCUAGUUCCAAUCUCUUACUUUACCAAUGAUUGCAAUAUUUUUGCAAGUCGACAAUGGAAAAUUGCAGACUA